CGCUCGGAGCCGCACGUGACCGCCGCCCUGUGAGCUGCCAAGAUGGCGCUGCCCGGGGCCGCGGCCCGGGGGGGGCUUUGGCGCCUCGGCCCCGCCGCCCUGAGCCCCCCACGGGGCCCGAUGCAGCCGCAGCUCGCUCUGGCCGUGUCCAGCUCCCCGCUGUGUUCCCAGGUCCGUUCUCUCUCCUCCCGCGCCUCCUCCCGAGCCCUCGUGGCCGCCGUGGCCGCCGCUGCCCGGCGGGUGAGCGCCCGGUACGAGCGGUACCUGGAGAGGAGCUGGCCCCGGUUCUACCUCCUGCACAGCACCUUCAAAACGGGGGUGCAGGCGCUGUUCCUGGAGGUGCAGGAGAUCAGGAGGAUCAGGGCCAGGAUGGCCCAGCUGCAGCUGAGCCCGCAGCAGCUCCCGUACCGGGACAUGGAGCGCCUGCGCCAGUUCCGCAGGGACGUGCUCAAGGCCAUUCCCAUCGGGAUCAUCGCCAUCCCCCCCUUCGCCAACUUCCUGGUGCUUGUCCUGAUGUAUUUCUUCCCUCGGCAGCUGCUGAUCAGGCACUUCUGGACGCCCAGGCAGCAGCUGGAGUUCCUGGAUGCCUACGACUGCCGCCGCAGGGCCUCGUACCCGGCCGUGCUGCGGGCGCUGGCGCGGGCAGCGCGCUCCCUGCCCGAGGCCCAGCCCCAGCAGCUCCUCCUGCAGCUCUGUGCCCAGGUGCAGGGAGGUGCCCAGCCCCGCCUGGCCCAGCUCCUGGCUGUGAGGAGUUUGUUCUCGGGGUCCCUGCUGGUGCUCAACAGGCUCCAGGUGGAUCAUGUGAGAGCCCUGAGCCAGGUGCUGUUCCUGACCCCUCACCUGCCCGCCUUCCUCCUGCGGCGCCGCCUGCGCAGCCACGUCCUGGAGAUCCGGCACCUGGACCUCGCCCUGCUGCACCUGGGCCUGGGGCAGCUCUCUGAGGAGGAGCUCCGAGCGGCCUGUUACCUGCGUGGGCUGAACGCCACUCACCUGGGCCAGGCCGAGUGCCAGGCGUGGCUGGAGCAGUGGCUCAGGCUCUCCUGUGAGCUCCAAGCCUCGGAGGCCUCUCUGCUGGCCCACAGCAUGGUGCUGCUGGCCCUCAACCACAGCCAGCCCCCCGAGUGACAGCGGGUGCCAGCCGUGUCCCCUCCCAGCUGCUGCUGCCACAUCCCGAGCCGGCCUGGCCGUGCCCUCCGCGGCCUCCGUGGCACGGCCACCAGAGCUGCUGGCUUCCUUGUUCCAGUAAUUAACUGCGUCUCGUUAAUUGUGGGGAGAGCGAGCGGCUCCCUCAGCUGGGGAUGCUCCUGUGGGAUCUGCUGGAGCUUCUGUGGGAUCUGCUCAAUGUUCCUGUGGGAUCUGCUGGAGCUUCUGUGGGAUCUGCUCAAUGUUCCUGUGGGAUCUCCUGGAUGUACUCAUGGGAUCUGCUGGAGGUUCCUGUGGGAUCUUCAGGAUGUUCUUGUGGGAUCUGCUCAAUGUUCCCGUGGGAUCUGCUGGAUGUUCCUGUGAGAUCUGCUGGAGGUUCCUGUGUGAUCUGUUGGAUGUUCUCGUGGGAUCUGGUUGAUGUUCCCGUGGGAUCUGCUGGAUGCUUCCCCUGGGAUUUGGUGGAUGCUUCCCCUGGGAUCUUCAGGAUGUUCCUGUGGGAUCUGCUGGAUGUUCCCAUGGGAUUUGGUGGAUGCUUCCCAUGGGAUCUUCUUGGUGUUCCUGUGAGAUCUUCUGGAUGUUCCCGUCAGAUCUGCUGAUGUUCCUGUGGGAUCUGCUGGGCUUUCCCGUGGGAUCUGGUGGCCCUGACUCCCUGCUGGAGCGUUUUCCUGUUUCUUUUCUCCUCUGAACAGCCUUAAACCUCCAGCCCUCCCCCAGGGGUUGAGGAGCCCCUUGGGGUCCCACCGAGCCCCCCAGGUCCCUGUGGGAUUUCCUGGGAGCCUUUUGGGGUUCUGGAGCAGGAGGGGGGUCUGGAGUCCGUGGGGGAGGCAGGAGGGGUCGGGAAGGGCUGAGGGGGGGUCCCAGGACUGCACCCCCCCCCCCAAAUUCAGCCUCCUUGGAGCCCCUUUGACCUUUCCCCCUUCAUUUCCCACUCCAGGAACUUUGGGGUUAAACCCCCCUGCCCCCCCCGGCCGAGGAAUCCCUGCUGGCAAAGGGAAUUCAGCCCAGACUGGAGGAACUGGUGGCUCCACUGCUUUUGGGGGUGGCUCUGGUGUCCCCCUGGGGGGACAUGGCCAUGGGGACGCCUGGAAAAUUUCCCUUUUAAAGCGUUUUUGGGGUAUAAAGGGGUGGGAGCCACCCCCUUCCUCACCACUCCCUGCUGGAUUUUGGGAAUUUCAGAGCCCCCCUUGGGGAAUUCACCCCUUAUCAGCCACAAUUCUGAUUUAAAUCUUGUUUAACAAUUUCUUUUCUUUUUCCACUGAAAUACUCCCUUUAUAAUAGAGAAUUUUGGGAAUUUCAGAGCCCGCCCCCUGAGGAAUUCACCCAAUUUCAGCCACAAUUCACACCUAUUUUAACAAUU